UCCUCUCUUGCUAUCGCCGACUCUUUUAGCCUCCAGCCCUCUAUCUACACAUAGCAAUGACUUCACGUGGGACUCGUCACAGAUGCCACAUACACCAUUGCAACAGAAGGACGGAAUGGGUCUAGAUCUGACUACUCCACCGACGUCACUGGAUUCUUCCGAGGGCAAACUAAAAUAUGUGACAGAGCGUACAUAUGCGACACCUUCCCGGGCAGAGGAUAGUGAUGAUGAGAGAAUAUCAGAGAAGUACACGCAGACUUCAGACAUCUUCCAGUUCGGUAUUCGAAAGUUGGAUCAUAUGCUCAAGUCGAUCACGCGAGACGACACUACCGGAUCUCCAAGCAGCUUGCCAUGCGACACGAGUGUGCCCUCAGACCGUAUGGGCAGCGAAGCUUCCAACUCAAGCUCUAAACCUUCAAAAACUCACAUGGAAAUCAAUGCCAGUACUGUUGAUCUUGGCUUUUCAAAAGGUUCUAAGAGUGAACACGGUCCCCCUGCUACGGUCUCGCAGCAGGGUCCGCACCAAGACAAGCGCAACCAUCACACCCUCCAAGGCUCAGUUCUAUUCAAGACUGUACUACGAGACGGCGACGGAGUUGAGGUCGAGAGCAUUUUCUCGGCGAUCGCCAGACGCUCAAAGACGGGCGUCUCCCAUAACACCUCCCGCAACUCAGAUCAAGAGAAGCACCAGAUUCGGACGGCGGCAGCACCACAAAUCAAAACGGAGGCAGCAUUUGAAAUCAAAACGGAGGCAGCACCUAAAAUCAAAACGGAAGCCUCUGGUCUUGUAGCGACAUCGAAAGCCUCCCAAAAGAUCCCACAUGCAUGCAUGAAAUACUGGACACUGCUGGAGCAAAUUUUGUCCUUCGAGAUCACCGCAAGACUGGCCAGGAAUUACGACAGAUGUGUGGCUACACAAGGUAAAGGUUCAGCUAUGAAUCAGUGCUCCACUCCACGUAAGCUUGUUGCGGAAGCUGUGAAGGCCGCCGUCGACGCUUUCCGAGAGUGUGUCGACAGGUCUGGCUACAUAAACCUUCCGCGCUACAUUGAACGUCUCGUCAGAACUGUAAUGUGUCCCCUCCACCAAACAGUGGCGCUGCGGAGUAGCACUGCCAACCCAAGGAUGAAACAGCUGCGCGAGCUCAUCGAUACUCUCCCUCUGCUUUCUAAGAACAUUGUAACAGUUUUCGCAAAUUGGCUGCAGGCGAUAAGCAACACCAACAUUCCUAUUUCGCUCUUGAAAGCGAAGUUAAAAGAGCCGUCACCUUCGCGCUUGUCGAAGUCCGCACCUUACCAUCGGAAGAAAACCGAGAGGCCCAGCAUAGCGGAAGCUUUGGAAGAAAAAGUCAACGAACCGCUCACGGAAAAAGACAAGAAAGACGGCUUUGUCUACAUGUUCUGGGAUCAGCAGACUUUCGGGAUGGUCAAGAUUGGUCGAACCGGUGAUCUCGAAAAACGUCUCAAGCAGUGGGACGCCCAAUGCAAAAUUCCGCAUCGCUACCAUCGAUCUUCGCAGGAUGGCAAACACCUCACGAUACAUCAUUGUCAACGUAUCGAGAGGCUCAUGCAUAUCGAACUGAGGGAGUACCGUAAGAAGCGUGCAUGCGGUGGCUGUGGUAAGACUCACAUCGAGUGGUUUGACAUAAGCGCAGAGAAGGCAAAGAAGGUUUACCAAAAGUGGCAAGAUUGGAUCAUGCAAAAGCCGUAUGCACAGAACGACGCAGGGAGCUGGGUCGUAAGGCCCGAUAUGCUUCAUACUGUGUCACAAGUGUGCACACCCGUCCUGUUCCCAGAGACGACGAUCAAAAGAACGAGGCCACGCAAAUCCCUGCCAAAGUCACCUGCCAGGAAACGAACCUCGAGAGCAGCGAGAUAGAUUGCCAGCAUCCGCAGAUAACAAUGUUGUUGGAGGUCCGCCUCCGCUUAAUCCAAUUCUAGACGAGACUUAUUUCAC